AUGCCAAUUCUUUUCACUCUUGUAUUCCUCAUCCCCAUGGUGUACUCAGAAACACUUUCAAUCAUCUUAGUGACCGCGCCGUACAAGAGGAAGAACACAUUAGACCGAUCCAUGCGAGACUUAUAUGAAGCCCUUCACUACAUCCCGAAAGAUCUGACAAUUUCGAAAUUUUAUUUUGUCCAGGGCUGUGUCACUGAAUGCCAAUUUCCAAAGUUGGACGCGUACGUAGCAAACUUCUCUGAAAGUUUUAAGAACAUAAAUUUUGUGAAGAUUAACCCACACCCACAAGACAAACACGGGACUAACAUCUCGUCGUGGCCUCCUGAAGUCUUGUCGACCACUUUCCAUCGUACGGGAAAGCCCGACUGGAUCUUCCCAAAUUACGUGAAACACAUGACACUCAAUUUCUUCUUCACAGAUACACUGAGAAUUGCUAUUAAAGAGACUCAGAGCGACUAUUACCUCUUCUGUGAAGACGACCAGUCCUAUGAGAAAAACGCUUUUGACGGAGUUUUAGAGUUAAUGAGGCGAAAACCAGUGAAGAGAUGCUUCUCAAAGAUUUGUUUGACUCGAACGAGUGCUUUCUCUAAGAAGAUGAGAGUCGAUCCAAGUGUCAAAAGAGUCUGGGGAGCUUUCGGAGUGCUGAGGGAUAAGAGUGAAGCACUCGAAUUUCUGAGGUGGAUCAAAUUUAAUUAUAUGUCUGAGUCUCAAGACACACUGGGAGAGUAUAUGUGUAUGACUGAAAACAAGUUCGUCGAACUCAAUUUGGUCUCAAGACACUUCGGUUUUGAUAGAAAUGUGUAA